AUGAAUACUCAUACUACUUUUGUUGGUCAAAUUCCUUUGUCUCGUGGUGAGAAAGGACAUGAUUCUGUGAUUUGCCGGAAGAAGAAGCAUGAAGGAGGUGAUGGUAUCUUGCUUCAGAGUGAAGGUAAGAGACAUGAUAAGGGGAUUUAUGAGGUGGAGAAUAGGGAUACUGGGAGGGAUGAGAUGAUUGAGGUUCAUAGAAACAAAGAUAGAGUCCCAGUUGUGAAUAUUGAGUUGAGAGAAUCUUCUAAUGGGAAUGUGAAUGGGGAAAGUGAACUAGAAGCACAAAAGAGGAAUGGAACUGAAAGUGUAGGUGUUUUGCCAGAUGAGGUGGCUGGUAUUGAUGAGGUAGUGCCUAUUUUGAUGGAUGGUAUCAGAAAUUGUGUUACUGAAGUGGUGUUUAAUGAGAUUCUUAUCAGUGGAGAUCCUUUAGUCGAGCAAGAAAGGGAAGUGCAAGGGGAGGCUACGGGGAAUCUUUUGGUUACUGCUGUGGAUCAUGGAAAUUUGAAUAUCUGUAAUGGACAUGAUUCUGUGAUUUGCCGGAAGAAGAAGCAUGAAGGAGGUGAUGGUAUCUUGCUUCAGAGUGAAGGUAAGAGACAUGAUAAGGGGAUUUAUGAGGUGGAGAAUAGGGAUACUGGGAGGGAUGAGAUGAUUGAGGUUCAUAGAAACAAAGGUAAAAUGCCUCUUAGAUAG